AUGGACCGUGUAGAUGAUGUACACCGCAUAGAGCGGCUUUUAGAGCUUGAAAGUCGUAUAUCUGAUGUCAAGUCGGAAAUCAAUAUUGAUAGUCUGCUUGAUACUGUACAAGCUUUAUAUUUGGAUUGUUCCCACCCUGCACUAAGAAGGAUAAAGAACAUAGAAUCUUACGUGCAGAGAUAUGAAGAAGCUGCGCAAUUCAUUGAAAACUGCCGUAUGAAAGCAGAUGAUUUUUCUGUGAUAAAAACUAUUGGAAGAGGUGCAUUUGGAGAAGUACAAUUGGUUAGGCAUAAAUCUACAAAAAAAUUAUAUGCCAUGAAGCUUUUAAGUAAAUUUGAAAUGAUUAAACGCUCAGAUUCAGCAUUUUUCUUUGAAGAACGUUUCAUAUUAGCCCAUGCAAACAGUGAAUGGAUUGUGAAGCUUCAUUUUGCUUUUCAAGAUGCAAAAAAUCUAUUUAUGGUGAUGGAUUAUAUGCCUGGUGGUGACAUGGUAAAUUUAAUGUCUAAUUAUGAUGUGCCUGAAAGUUGGUCUAAAUUCUAUUGUGCAGAAUUAAUCCUUGCUGUUGAUGCUAUACAUCAAAUGGGUUUUGUACAUAGGGAUGUCAAACCUGACAACAUGUUGUUGGAUAAACAAGGCCAUUUAAAACUUUCUGACUUUGGAACAUGUGUACGAAUGAGUGAGGAUGGCUUGGUGAGGUCAGAUACUGCUGUUGGAACACCAGAUUACAUAAGUCCAGAAGUUUUAAAAAGUCAAAAUGGCAAUGGUGAAUAUGGCCGUGAAUGUGAUUACUGGUCUGUUGGAGUCUUUAUGUAUGAAAUCCUUAUAGGUGACACUCCUUUCUAUGCUGAAUCUUUGGUUGGCACAUAUGGUAAAAUAAUUGACCAUAAAAAUUCUUUAACCUUUCCUGAAGAUGUAGAAAUUUCUAAAGAAGCAAAAGAUCUGAUCUGCUCUUUUCUGACUGACAGGCAUGAGCGUCUAGGAAGAAAUGGAGUCGAAGAAAUUAAAAGGCACCCUUUCUUCAGAAGUGACGAUUUUACAUUUGAAAAUCUUCGAGAGUGCAUUCCUCCUGUGGUUCCUGAAAUCGUCACAGAUGAUGAUACCAGUAACUUCGACGAAAUUUCAACUGAAGAUAUUUCAGAAGAGAAGUUCCCAGCUACUAAGACAUUUGCUGGAAAUCAUCUUCCUUUUAUAGGAUUUUCUUAUUCUGGUGAUUAUCAGUUGAUGUCCCGAGGCAUAUCAAAUAAAAAUUCUGAUGAGGUAAAAAAUGCAGAAACACUAAAAAAGAUAGAAAAAUUAGAAGAGGAAAUUUAUAGUUUGAAUAGUUUAAAUGAUGAAUUGGAGAGAAAAUACAGGUUUUCUCUGAAACAACUUGAAAAUUUUGCUAACCAACAACAGAAUGUAUCUACUAUUGAAAAAGAAAAUCGGGAACUAGAAAAAGGUGUUGCCAUGCUGAAGCAUGAUUUAAAAGAAGUACAACGUAAAUUAGAGUAUGAAAUGGAAAAUAGGCGUAAUGCAGAAGAAAAGUUAGAGCAAUUAUCAAAUCGUAUAAAAGAAGAAAAAAUGCUGCGUGCUCAAGUUUCGGCUUCAAGUAGCCAAAUGAGUGAGAAAGUUUUUAACCUGGAAAAAGAACUGAAAGAAUUGAAUGAAAAAAUAAAAGUAGAAUCUGAAAACAAUUUGAAAUUAAAAAAGGCUAAUGCAGAAGCAUUACUUUGUAUUUCAAAUAAAGAUCAAAAUAUACAAGAACUGCAUGAAAAAAUAUCUUCCCUUCAUAAUUUGAAUCUUUCUAAAGAUAAAACUAUUCGAAACCUAGAAAUACAAUUUGAAGAAAGACUAGCUCAAGCAGCUGAAAGAAAUUCGGAAUUGGAGAGUCGUAAGCAUGCUUUGGAUUUGGAAUUAGAAAGGGUAUCCAAAAGAGAGAACAGUCUAAUUGCAGAAAAUCGAGAAAUUAAUAAUAAAUUUGUAGAGUUAGAAAAAAAUCAUGCUAUGCUAGUAUUGGAGUUGAAAAAUUUGCAAAAGAAACUGGAUGAAGAAGCUGCUGCCCACAGGAAAGAUUUAGAUAGCUUAACAGCAGAUAAAAAGAGGUUAUUAUCAUCUACAGAAGAAGCAAAUUUGGAGGCUUUGCAAGCUUUGCAAAUAAAAUUAAAUGAGGAGAAAGCACAAAGACAUAAACUAGAGCAGAUCACUGUAUCCAAGGAAAGGGAAGUAUCAAUGCUGACUGUUGAACAAAGGCAGCUAAAAUUACAGUUUCAGAAGUUGGAAAGUGAAUACAUGAAAGAAGUUGAGAAGGUGAAAGCUUUAACUCAGGAUUAUGAAGAAGAAUGUCAAAAGCGUUCAAAUCUGCAGUCUGAUAUAAACAGUCAUUUAUCAGAAAUCAGUAAGCUGAAAACCAAAGAGAAGCAACUACUUCAAGAGAUUAGUAGUCUUCAAGAAUCUAAAAAAUCUUUAGAAGAUGAAUUAAAUAAGAUGAAAAUGGUAAAAUCAAUGGAUGACUUACAGAUGAAAGAAUUAGAAGAUCAAUUAGAAGCUGAAACCUAUUUCUCAACUCUGUACAAAACCCAAGUAAAAGAACUGAAAGAAGAAGUUGAAGAAAAACAACAACUUGUUAUUGACUUUGAAAGUGAAAGGAGCAACAUGUAUCAUCAACUACAGUUAGCUGUUGCUCGUGCCGAUUCUGAAUCUCUUGCACGUUCCAUAGCAGAAGAAACCAUUGCAGAUCUAGAAAAGGAAAAAACUAUGCGCGAAUUGGAAUUGAAAGACAUGUUAUCUCGUCACAGAACUGAGCUGUCAAAUAAAGAGGCUGCAAUUUCAAAUUUGAAAGAUAAAGAAAAUGAAUAUAAAAAGACUGUUGAGCUUUUAACUCGGGAAAAAGAAGAACUGAAUGCAAUGGUUAUCACCCUUCAAGAAGAAUUAAAGAAUCUCAGAAAUGAAUCGGCAAAUGUUGAUGAUCAGAUUCAACAACUGAAUAAGCAAAUACAACAAGAACGUCUAUUAAAAUUGCAGGCUGUAAAUAAAUUGGCUGAAGUAAUGAAUAGAAAAGACUGGUCUGGCAAGAAAAAUAAAUCUAGUGCUACGUUUGAAUUAAGAAAGAAAGAAAAAGAAUGCCGAAAAAUUCAGCAGGAAUUAACUCUUGAAAAGGAAAAAUACAAUCAAAUGAUUGCACGCUUCAAUAAGGAGCUAUCAGAAAUGCAAGCUUUACUUUAUGAUGAAAGUCAAGCAAAAUUAAAAAUACAAAUGGAGCUGGAUUCCAAAGAUUCAGAAAUUGAACAGUUACAACAUAAAUUAGCACUUGUAAAUAGUGAAAAUGCUAGUUUCAGCAGUGGUAUAGAAGAUAAUGAUGAUGGAUUUCCUGAAAUGCGUCUUGAAGGUUGGCUAUCCAUUCCUAGCAAACAGAAUAUAAAGAGGCAUGGAUGGAAGAAACUAUAUGUUGUUGUCAGUAGUCGUAAAAUUAUAUUUUAUAAUAAUGAAGCUGAUAAGUUAAAUGCUGAUCCAGUCAUAAUAUUGAAUUUGAGUAAGUUAUUUCAUGUACGUCCUGUAACACAAGGAGAUGUUAUUCGCGCUGAAGUGAAAGAUAUUCCUAGAAUAUUUCAGCUUCUCUAUGCCGGUGAAGGUGAAAGCAGGAAACCCGGAGAUAGCUCACAUUUAGAAAUGUCAUUGCCAAAGGAUACUAUGCAGCUAGGUGCACUUGAACAUAAAGGUCAUGAUUUUGUAUCGAUAAACUUCCAUAUGCCAACAGCUUGUGAAGUGUGUCCCAAACCAAUGUGGCAUAUGUUCAGGCCUCCUCCUGCUUUAGAAUGUAGAAGAUGCCGUUUAAAAGUUCAUAAAGAUCAUUUAGAAAAGAAAGAAGACUUAAUUGCACCUUGUAAAGUAAAUUAUGAUCCUAACUCUGCAAGAGAGUUACUACUUAUGGCCAAUACUAUUGAAGAGCAACAAAUGUGGGUUUCUCGACUUCGGAAAAAAAUAGAGAAAUGUGGAUAUGCUGCGCAACAAGAAUCAAGAGGUGGUUCACCAAGGGCUUCUAUGCGUUCCACAAGUAAAUAUCAACCCCAAAAAUCUGCCACAUUGCCAUCCAAUGUAAUGUCUAAUUCAGCAGGAAGAAAAUAAAUGCCAUUUAUCCCAGCAGAUAUUUUUUGUAAAUGAUGUAUUUAAAAAAAUUAAUUUUUUACAGAAAUUAUUAUAAAUGAAAGUUUUAUUACAUGAAAAAAUAUAUACAUUAUAUUUUUUUGAUAUUUUACUGAGAUUGUGAGGGUUCAUUUCUUCCCAAUCUAGAUCUGAUCAAUCAGAGUUUUUUUUUUUUUUUUUUAAUUUAAUCUGUUUUGCUUAGCUUUAAAUAAUCAUAAAAUUAUUAUUUUUUUAUUUUGUAUCUUAUCAUAUUUAUUUCAAUAUGACCUCUGUGCGUUUUAUAUUCUUGAUUAGAAAUUACUUAAAUAAUUUUAUGAAAUAUUUUGAAUUAAUAUCUGAUUUCUUGGACAUAAUUUGUAAUAAUAUUCUGUGAAUGCAAUUAUUUUCUUAUUCAAUUAUAAGCUUAUUUUAAUACUUUGCUUUUGCAAUGUGUUAAAGAAUGAAAAAUUAUCUGUGAAUAUAUGCAAUUAUAUGUAUAAAUCUAAUUUUCAUGGAUAUCAAUUAGAUUGAAUUGAAUCCAUGUUAAUGUUUAUGUGAAAUCUAUUGUGUAUGUCUUAGUAACAAAAAAAAAUGUAUAAUGCAAAUAAUGUGUCAUUGUUCAAGACAGAAAGUGACAAUUACAAAGGGCAUCUAAUAUUAUGUUUCUUUUCUUACGUUUAUCCUUUUCAAUGCCUAGCCAACAUACUCUUAAAUUUGAGAGAUUGUUACAUCUUUGAUUCUUUCGUAUCUGUCCUGUAGGAAAUUUUUGGGACCAUUUUUAUAAAACACAGAAAUGUUCCAUCUAGAAUUCAUUAUACUUUUAAAAGUAUUGAUAAUGAGAAAUUAAACAUGGUUAUUAUAAUUUGUGAAAUGUUAAAAAAUGUCGUCGUUUUUAUAUUUGUAAGAAUUUUAUACAGGCUAAAUUAUCUUUGUAUGUCUUAAGGUUGUUAUACUAUAGUAUUUGCUUUUUCGCUGUAUAAUAUUUAAAUUAAAUUGCAACACUGUGUAACUUUUAGAGCACUGAAUUCAUUUAUCAUAAAAUAUCCUUUGCAGUCUUAUCCUAAAUGACUUAAUUAAAUUCCUAACCUUGCUUUUAUUGAAAAAUAAUCUAAACAAAAGCAUUCCAUUUCUUUUAUUAAAAAUAUAACAUCAUUUUUUCCAUCAAAAUUUAUGCCUUAAGCUGUUUUGAAAAUUUAAUUUGAAUGAUUUCAUGUAUUUUUACAAAAACGAAUUAAUUUAAUGGUUAUUAGAAUUUUAUUUUUUUUAUUUAAGCAGUUUAAAACAUUAGUUUAAUUUUAAUCCCAAAACUGUCAAUUAGCUUCCUUUAUAAUAUUAUUAUGAAUAACAAUUAUUUUCAAUUUUUAUAUCUUGGUCAGAUCAUUAUUUCAGAAUAAGUUAUUUGUCUUAUGAUUUUCAAAAGCACAUCAUUGAAUGACUUGCUUUUAGCAAAGAUACAUUUGAAGCAACUAUGUAAAAGAUUUUCUUAAAAAUAUCAAUUAUCCAUAUUUAUUCCACUAAUUAAGGCGAUAAACGAUUUUACGUAUUCAUUAGUUGCUAUGAGUACCUUUAUUUUAAAGUUUGUAAUUGCAUGAGCAUUUUAAUGCUACUCAGGAAUGAUGAAUGAUGGCUAUUUUUAUAUGAUGUUUAUGAGAAAUCAUAAUAAUUAUGUUGAACUAUUUGACGUUGAGACAAUUAUAUUAAUAAUCAAAGUAGAAUGCAGGAAUAUAGUACUUAUACAAUUUUUGGUAUUUUUUAAGAAGUGCCUAAUAUUAUGUAUAAUGUAUAUUAUGUGAAAUGUAUAGAAAACUCAAACUAUGAUUGUUAAAACAGCCUGUGAUACAUGUUUUUGAAAAGGGAACUUUGUAACAUAGCUUUUAACAAGUCUCAAAGUAGGUUUUUUUUUUUUUUUUUUUUUCGUUUGAGGGAAUAAUUAUACAUUUAGGGAUAUUAAAUUGGUUUUGACUUAAAUUGUACAUUUUUUUAAUUGCAAAAUCAUCUUCUUAUACAAUUAUUUGUUCAUGUGAAGCUUUUAAUUCAUUAACAUCAUGUUAAACUAUGAAGAAAAAAGAAUGUUUGUUUGCUUCUUUCUUAUUUUUUAAGUAAAAGAUGCUGCUAUAUAUUUGCUUAUUACUUUAAGGCAAUCAUAUAUCUUUUAAAUCAUAUAAGUUUUUAAUAUUAUUAUUAUUAUUAUUUUCCAAUUUUUGCAUAUUAGAAUGCUUUAAAAUUUUUUUAUUGUCUAGCAUGGAUUUGCGGUUUUAAUAUAUAAUUAGUAUAAUUCCAUAAUUAGCAUUAAGUAUGUACUUAAAUACUUUUAUAUUUAGAACAAAUUCCAUGUGUAUAGAUGAUUAUAUUAUUAAAGAUCAAUACAAUUCCACGAUAUAGUGGCAAAACUGCAUAAUAAAGAUAUGAUAACAAUUAACUAUAUUUUAAAAUAUUUAUAAUUUUGGUAAUUUAAAAUAUUAUUAGUUGAAAUGAUUUAGUUUACUUGUUUAUAACUUUUAUUUAAGGUAAUUAAUUUAGUA